CGUUCAUUAACUGCAUGCUUUGCUCACGCCUCAAACUGAGCCAGUCAAACCACAACGGCACCAAGCUACCCUUACCAUUCCUUUCUUUGAUUAUACUCCAAGCUGCAGUGCAUCUCCGCGCCAUAUCGUCAAGAUGCCACCUCACCAACGCGAUGGGCUCGAGUGGGAUGAGAGCGGGUUCGACUUGAAGCCUCGUUGGGCACGGCAGCCCCAGGUCGACAAGAUUGCUCAAGUCUGUCGAAGGACUCUGGAUCUCUCCGUAAAAGAUCGCUGCCUCAUCACUUUUCAUGCCGAAGGCGCCUUCAACAAGGUCUAUCUGGUCGAUACCCCGCGUGGCACGUCUCUGCUCCGCGUGUCACUGCCAGUCGACCCCAAGCACAAGACGCUGGGUGAAGUUACUACUCUGCGCUGGAUUCGCCGCAUGACCCAUGCUCCCGUCCCCAAGAUCAUCGCCUUUGACGACAGCCAGGACAAUGAGAUCGGCUUUGAGUGGAUCCUCAUGGAGCUCAUGCCCGGCGUCUCGGCUUACAAGAGGUGGCGCAAGAUGUCCAUGGCCCAAAAGACAUGGCUUGUCGAGCAGGUCGCAGAUUUUCAAAGCCAACUCUUCCGCCGCAGUCUCGAGGACGCCAAAUUCCAAUCCAUCGGCACGCUCUCUCCUGGCAACCCGGAGUCCGAACACCACACUCCUUCCAGUGACCCGAAGCCUGGCCGGAUCGUAUCUCACAUGUUCUUCAUGGGAGAUAGUUUCGACUACGACAUCGCCCGUGGCCCUUUCCGGUCCAGUCACGAUUGGCUGAAUGCGUACCUGAGUAUCGUCGACGAAGAGCAAGCGAGGGUGUUCGCAGAUGAAGAAGCAGACGAAGACGACCGGGAAGUCGCCGAAUAUUACCAACGGGUCGCCACCAAGUUGACGAAGCUGCUCCCCAAGAUUUUCCCGCCUCUCCAAAAUCCGGCCGAACAAACUGUGCUUUGGCACGACGACCUUUCCCUACCAAACAUCCUGGUUGACGACGACGGAAAAGUCACGGCGCUGAUCGAUUGGGAGUGCGUAUCAUGCAAACCACUUUGGAUGACUGCUGAGCUGCCCAAGUUUCUGCUUGGGCCUACACGGGAAGAGGAGCCAAAUAGGGAUGGGUAUGGAGACGCCAGCGAUGAUGUCAUGGGGUCGGAUGAGCUGGACGACGAGGGGAAGACAGAGCUGUACUGGAUUCACCUGAUGGAGUACGAACGGACGCAGCUGCGUAAGGUCUACGCCGACAAGAUGAAGCAACUCUGGCCGCAGUGGGAGACAGAGGUUACGUACGCGCCCUUGAAGUUGGACUUCUUUGGCGCUGUCGCCCGCUGUGCCAACGGCUGGUAUCUAAAGCGGACGGAACAAUGGGUCGAUGCUGUCGAGGGCGGGGCAUUUCCUCGCUUGAUGGACGUUCUCCAGGGAAAUCUCAACAGCCGUUGAUUUCCCCCCUAGAUAUCCACCUAGGUCAGAUCCUGCUGAUGUCCGUGGAAAGGCGGUUACCCUUCGCCUGGUCCGUAUAUCCAAUGGAAACCUUAUCUCUUCCUUCUCGAG